GAAGCCGGUUGUAGGCGUGGAAAGAGGUUGGCGCUCGGCAAGUCCAGCUGCCUCGGCUCCCUGCCUUAGGUCUGGUGACGGUCAAACCGCUUCCGGACCCGGGAUCGGAGUGUGCGGGUCGCCAGAGGGGGAGGGGAGCUCAGGUAUCACCAUGGCAACAGCCAGCCCUCCGGGCCCGUGACGUCACCCUUCUGGUUUCGCGCUUAGAGGCCUCUGCAGGAGCAAGCUGGGGCGUCCUCGAAGGGGGCGCACCUCGCCUUUCUCUGCGGGGCGGUCCCGCCCCGAUCCCUUGGAGGGCUUUGUUCUUUUGUUCUGGCCUAAGGGGAAGUCGGGUGCCGGGACCCGCCCUGCUGGUCCACCUUCCAGCUUUAACACCCUGCAACAGGUGUGUCUUCGUGUUAUCAGAGAUCGCAGGCGUGUGAGCCACAAAUGUGCACAGAGGGAACAGACCAGGGUAGACAACCUCAGCGUGUUGCAGACUCCCUGCAAGGGGAGCUAGACAUCUGAGUUCCAGACCGAGGUACCAGCUUAAGGAACGCUGCCUGGCGAACCCUGCUGUCCAAGUUCCUGAGGAACGGGAUGAGCUCCUGAGAUGGAAGAAAGAAAAGUAAACGGGAUUUAUGGAUUGCUUGUAAUAGCUAAACUGAACAGAAGUCAUAUGGUGCUGCUUCUUCCCCUAGAUCAGUCCUCCCCAGACUCCACCCUUCUCCAAGGGGGACAUACUCUGCUCUCAUCAGCCAGUUUUCAGGAAUCAGUGACUUUCAAGGAUGUGAUAGUGGACUUUACCCAGGAAGAAUGGAAACAGCUCGAUCCUGGCCAGAGAGACUUGUUCAGGGAUGUGACAUUGGAAAAUUAUACACACCUGGUCUCUAUAGGACUCCAGGUUUCCAAACCUGAUGUGAUUUCCCAGUUAGAGCAAGGGACAGAGCCAUGGAUCAUGGAACCAAGCAUUCCAGUAGGUACCUGUGCAGGUAAGUAAUAGAUGCCAGCAGAUGAAUGUCAUUAACUCUGUCAGCCUGCUAAGGGAGGAUUUUAGGUCUGAAGUGUAGAUGUACUUCCUUCCCUUUAAAGUAUUUCUUGUAGAGAAAUGAGGAACCAUCAGUUUUCUGGACUUCCUUAUGCUUUCUUAUGUUGCUAAUUGUUACAGUAUAGUCUACCUUAUGCCCCUUUUCAAGGAGCUGUCCUUCCUACCUUUUUAUGAAGUCCACCUCUCGAACUGGACUCUGAAUUACAUCUCUUUCUACUUCUUUUGGGACCAUGAUCUCAUAAUUAUCACCAUACUUUUCAGUCCUUAAAGAUUUUUUUUUAUUUUGGAUCUGCAGGCUCUAUUCCUAGUUCCUUUAAGUAGAAAUAUAUAACCUAUAUUUCCAAACAGAUUUACUCCACAAUAUUAAUCUUUCUGGCCACCAUUCAGUCUCUCUUUUUGUUCCCAACCAAACUCAACAAAAAUGAACUCCAUACCUGCAGGCUUCAUUUCUUUGUCACCUAAUCUUUUCCUGGUAACAUGUAUAACUUCUAAUUUUUUUUUUUUUUUUUUUUUUUUGAAACAGGGUCUCACUCUGUUGCCCAGGCUAGAGUGCAGUGGUGUAAUCUU